CUGGGGCUCGGACGCGGCCGGGCCGUGCAGAGGGGAGGGGCGCGUUAGCCGGACCCGGCUGCCCGGCAGCGGCACGAUGAGCCUGGCCCUCAGGAAUGAGCUCUCAGUAGACAAAACUAAGAAGAAGAAAAGAAGAGAGCUGACUGAAGAACAGAAGCAAGAAAUUAAAGAUGCCUUUGAAUUGUUUGAUACAGACAAGGAUAGAGCGAUAAAUUAUCAUGAAUUAAAGGUGGCAAUGAGAGCCUUGGGUUUUGAUGUGAAAAAAGCUGAUGUCCUGAAAAUACUUAAAGAUUAUGAUCGCGAAUCAACAGGCAAGAUCACUUUUGAAGAUUUUAAUGAAGUUGUGACAGAUUGGAUACUGGACAGAGACCCUCAAGAAGAAAUACUCAAGGCAUUCAAAUUGUUUGAUGAUGAUGACUCUGGUAAAAUAAGUCUGAGAAACCUGCGCCGGGUUGCUAGAGAAUUGGGUGAAAAUAUGUCUGAUGAAGAACUGCGAGCUAUGAUUGAAGAAUUUGAUAAGGAUGGAGAUGGAGAAAGUAUGUGUUGGCAAAUACACUACCAUGUCAUCUUGUUCUUAAUUUUGUUCUCUUUUUAGUUGUUAUUUUGUUGUGAAAAUGUCCUCUUUCAUUUCCUUCUAGAUUACUUUCAUCUUAAGCAUAAUUUAGUUUACAAAUAAUGCAGACGAUUGCUUUUGACAGCUACUAAUCCUGGAGUUAAGGAAUUGAUUCACCACCAACUCUUAUUCAGCCAAUGUCUAUUUAAAAGAUGGGUGAAAGUGUAGUUGAAGGUAGAAGUAAGAGAGAUUCUGUGUAUCUACAUUACAUUUUUAUUUCCUUAUUAAUCCGUAAAAGCAGUAAAGUGCUGAGAGAAAGUUUUUUGGUCACUUACUCAAUAUAUUUUAAGUGGCAAUGUGUCAUUGUUGUGGUUUCAGCACUGGUUAUGGAGCAUUAAGCUAAUAAAUCAUGCUGGAAGUAGCCUGGGUCUAUGUAGGAUCAGCUUGCAUGACUCCUUAACAUACUUCUGAGCCUUGGAGUGCUGAAAAGCAUAGUGUGAAAAAUGGCUCUGUAACUGACAAAGUCCAUACAGAGUAGGCUGCAGAAGGGACUUACUAGGUAGAUAAAGAAUGAAUUAGCAAAUGAAGUUUGAUACUAUGCUUGUUAAAUCACUGUGAAAACUGAAACUUGAAAGUUUUUCAUUAUCUUCAAAACAACCUUAUUUUUACAUUAGAAGCCUUAAUUCUUGAAUUUUGAGGAUCACUCACUUAAGAUCUUGCACAUAAAGACUUGUAUCAGUCCAUCAAGCACCAUUCUUAGAGGGUUAUGACUCAUAUCUUAGAUUUCACUAGCAGGUCAUCAGUUUUUUCCUGUGGCAAUGAUAUUUUUGCUUGCGGGCAUACGAUGGGCUCAAAACACAUAUAUACUAAUGGAAAAAAUUGUGUUGUCAGCCUUUUAACAGAUAGUCUUCUAUGCUAUUCAAUGUAGGUGUUAUUUUUGGAAGUCAUAGCUAUAGAGGUGAGUGAAAAUAUUACUCUUUGUCAAAUAUGUUUUGUCAUGUGUUGAUCUCCUGGAGCUGCCAAAUGAGAUGUCAGAAUUGUGGAGCAAUGUUCUUUUGUCGCAUUGCUAUUGGGGUACUACAUAUGGAACAUAUACUGUUAGUUUCUUUCAGGAGGGUUAUUGAGUCAUUAUUUUGUGUCAGUGCUACAUUUUUUUAAAUCAGAUUGAUCAGCUGUGACUAAGUGGCUCAGUUUUCUCUUAUUCAAUCAUCCAUUCAUUGUCUUUGUUAGAGCAAUCAAGCAGAAAAUUGAAUAUGGAAGAGUGACAGCAUAAUGUUCAUAAUUUUUGUUAUCCUUAAAGUUCUGUGUGGUUUUUUCUUCUUUAAAGAAAACUGAGGCUGUUCCUAGCUUUUCAGUAUUUUCUAAGAAAGUUAAUUAUUCUGUGAAUCACAAUUUCAUUUGUCUUCAAACACCUGGCAAAUGUGACAAAAUCUUGCUGUCAUCUAAUUCUCCUUCUUUUCCUGCUCUCCAAAAAAAUUUCAAACUGUUAAUUGUUAGCAUUUUUUAUUGAUAUAUCAAAUACAGGAACAGUACCACUUUUGGUUUAAACCCGUAUCACAUUUGAGAGAUUGUUUUGCUCACAGUGAAAUAAGGUAUCUUGUAUGGUACUCAGGUUACAUGAACCCUUAUAUUCACAGUAAACCCACUGAGCUUUACUGGUAGAGUACAGUACUACACAUUUCUGUAAAAGAAAGUAUAUUUGAUGCGUUUUUGUCUCUCCUCAUUAUGUAAAUAAUCUUACUUUGGUAUUCCUGGGUUUAAUAAUUACUUCUGGUUUUGAGCACAACUAACUUGAAAAACUCCAUGAUAUCAGUUCAUGCAAUUUUGAUCAUCUUGUGUGGAAACACUGUUCAGUCUCAUGUCUCAGUUCUUUGGCACAACAUUAAGACAAGUACCCAAACCCCUCUCUGAAAAAAUACACACCUUUAACACUCAAAAUUCUAAGUCAGUGUUCUCUUUCUAUUAGUUGUGAUUCUAGUUUGUUCUUUUAUGAUUACUUACGUCAUGGAAUUGAGGGAAAUCUGGUGCCAUGAAAAAACAGUGCUUCUGCUUUCGUGGUGCUUAACUCAUUAACAGAUGCUAUAUCUGAAGGGGACUUAGUGGGAUUACUUUGGUUACUUGGAAUUGUAACUACACUGCUUUUUGAAGUUUCCUUGAAUAUUCCAAAAUUUGUCAUUACAGUGUUAUAUUUCCCUUUUGAAGAGUGAUUUCAAGGAUGUUGUAAACCAGAGAAUAUUUUUGAGACGAUGUUUGAAUUUGUUUUGUUAGUAUGUUACUGUGAUAAAAGCUGUGGAAGUGCUUUUAAAGUCAUACAGUGACAGCAUUUUUGUGUCGUAGGACUAGAUGUAGCUAUGUGAUGGACUGGUGUUUCAGAGCAUAGGGCCCUAAGCUAGACUAAAUAUAAUUGUUUCCUGUUUUUUUACAUACAUCACAGCAGGACAUAUUUAGGUUUUUUUAUUUUUUUAUUCUUUAACGUAGUUGAAUUUCUUUAAUAUUCUUCUAGCUGUGAACGUAGUUCCUUCUUUGCAGUGCUUUGUUUAGGAAUAGCUUGAGCAUGUUGGCUAGGAUGGAUAAUUGCCAGGGCUUUGUAUGUGUCUUAUCUUUUCCAUACCACCAUCUUACUCUAAUCAUUCCCCAGUACAGUAAUUAGUUGCAGAGUGAACAUGUUUACUGGUUCACUGUUUUACUGUUUUAACAUAUGAGUAAGGUCAGUACCUCAGGUAUAACUACAGCAAAAUAAUUAAUGAACGCUAAUUAAUGUAUUAUUAUGACUUAAUUUCUUCAAGUGCAUUUGUGUAAAACUUCUGUUAGUUAUAAAUGAAGAAUGAAGAAAGUUCAGAUGGGGAAAGGCUCAUCAAAUGUCCAUUUUAAAUCUAUAGAAUUUAUGGAAUAAUUGCUAAACAAACUUGAAAUUUGUUUUGUAUUUGGUAAGUGUUAUAGAAUGGGGAGACAGGAAUAGCAUUGUUUGAUCUGUGAUGGCAAGUUGGACGUAAAUGUUUUGAAUUAUCAUUUUAAGAAUAAAACUGAAUUCAGUCAUAACUAACUAAGGUAUUGUUGCUUUAGAAGUAUUUACUUAAUAAAAUUUAGGUACCAUUCUUAACAUUUUUAUAGACCUUUAAAAUAAUAUUAUUUUGCAUAGCCAUCUUACAUAUGGUUCUCGGAGAUUUUUUUUCAAUCGUAUUUCACUUUUAGAAUAUUUUUUACUUUUAUAAUUAGAAAUAAGUGAUUAUAAGUGAGCUAGAUUCUGGGUUUAGUAUUCCACAUAAUGUUGCAUUCUGGUUCCAUGUUUCAUGAAAAAACCUGUGCAAAACCCUUGCUCUAGAAGCAAAUUUGUAAGCACUUAUAGUAAUGGAUCAGAUGCAACAAAUACUAACAGAGAUGCCUUUACUUAAAGUACAGAUAUAUUAUUUUAUUUUAAGGUUUAUUGCUGUUUUUCUAAUGAUUUUCUUUUUUUA